ACCCGCGCGCAUGGAGGCAGUGGCAUGAGCCUGCACUUGUGUCGGCAACUGGUGUCGCUCAUGGGCGGCAGCAUUGGGCUGCUCAGCACAGAGGGCCAUGGCACCACCCUGCACGUCGCUCUGCCCAUGCCUGUUGCUGCUGCCACUGCCGCUGUGGCUGUGUAUGGAAACUCGACUGCAGCCAGCGUGGAUGUUUCUGGGCCAGCGUCGACUUGUGUGCCUUCGUCCGCUGCUGCUGCUGCUGCUGCAGGGGAUGACACAGCAGCUGUGCCACGGGCAGUGGAGGCGAAGAGUGCGAGGGAGAGGCUGAAGGAGUUGCUGCAGGGCAAGGCGAUUCUGUUUGUGUGGGUUGGGUCGCAACACGUGGCGGACCGGACGACAAUGUCACCGUCCGUUCGCAUGUGUCGGAAAACCCUCCUCUCCUCUCUGUCAUGCGCUGUCUCUGGUUCCCCUCGGUCAACUUUCGCUCACUCCAUCCACCAGGUCGUGGACGACAAUCUAAUGAACGACAGUGGCAGCGAGCACGCUGGCACGGUACGGGUCGGCGGUUUUGAGUCGACUCAGAACUCGACUUUCGCUCUCUCCAUCCACCAGGUGGUGGACGACAAUCUUAUCAACUGGCGGGUGGCAGCGAGCACGCUGGCGCGAUACGGGGCGGAGGUGGCGCUGGCAGAGUCGGGUGAGGCGGCGCUGCGCCUGCUGCAGGCGCGCCACUCCUUCCGCCUCGUGCUCAUGGACCUCCUCAUGCCCGGCCUCGACGGCUUCCAAACCGCCGCCCGCUUGCGCGCCCUCGAGGCCAAAGCGCAUACCACCCAGUGGGGGGUGCAAGGGGGACAGGGCGCAGGGGAUGCGCAGGAAGGGCAGGGGUGGGGAGGAGACGUGCCAGCGGUGGGGAAGAGUGGGGUGGAGGGUGUGGAGGGGGGAUGGCAGCGGCAGCAGCGUAUUUGUGUGGUGGCCAUGUCAGCAGACGUGGACAACGCUGUUGCUGCUCGUGCCACAGAGGCUGGCAUGGAUGGCGCCGUGCAGAAGCCACUCAAUGAGAGAGCGCUUCUCCAGGUGCUCUCAACACUCUGA